GCGAACUCGGCGAAUGGACGGGGGUCGCUGCGUUUCCAUUGAUAGAAAAGCGAUGGCACUUUGCUGCGUCGGAGCUGACAAAAAAGCGUCGAUGUCACUUCCAACACGCGUCGUAGACUCGCUGCCGUUGUAGCGAGAUAUAAACUGCAAGAUGGCCAAAGUAUUUGAUGCUGCCGAAGUUGCAAAGCACAACACCGCAGAUAGCUGCUGGGUGAUCCUCUAUGGACAUGUGUACGAUGUCACCGAUUUCCUCUCCUCGCACCCCGGCGGCUCAAAGGUGAUUCUGCAAUUGGCUGGCCAGGAUGCCACCGAGGAAUUUGAUCCCAUCCACCCGUCGGGCACGCUGGACGAGCUCAAGCCCGAGGCGAAGCUAGGCACAGUCGAUCCCAGCACUCUGGCCGCCAAGAAGCCAGAAGCGCCGGUUCACAAAGACGACGAUGCUCCGGCACCCCUAGAGACGCUCUUGAAUCUCGACGAAAUAGAAGCCGAGGCCACUAAGCGAAUCCCUAAGAAGGGAUGGGCCUACUACUACUCUGCCUCAGACGACAUGAUCACAAAAAGCUUUAACAACACAGUCUACCGAGACAUACUAUUACGGCCUCGUGUCUUCGUCGACUGUACACAAUGCGAUCUGUCGACAACGCUCCUGGGCCACAAAGUUGGCCUCCCUAUAUACAUCAGCCCGGCUGCCAUGGCCAGGUUAGCUCACCCAGACGGCGAGCUGGGCAUAGCCAGAGCGGCAGCCAAGUUCGGUGCUCUCCAGCUCGUCUCCAACAACUCCUCAAUGACCCCAGAGGAAAUUGCUGCUGAAGCAAAGCCGGGUCAGAUGUUUGGAUGGCAGCUGUAUGUCCAAAAUCGCCGUGAAAGGAGCGAAGAGAUGCUGCGACGCAUCCACAAAAUGAGAGACCGAUACAAGACCAUCGUUCUGACGCUAGACGCACCUGUGCCUGGCAAGCGUGAGAUUGACGAAAAAUCCAACUUCGACAAGGGACUGGUGGUUGAGCCAGGUGUCAAGGGCGGUACAGAGAAGCGACCCGGCGGCGGCGGUGUCGGUCAGCAGCUAUUCUUCGGCACAGCCAGUGAUUUGACAUGGCAGACGACGCUGCCGUGGCUGGCAAAGCAUACAGACCUGCCAAUCGUGCUCAAGGGUGUUCACACCUAUGAGGAUGCCUACCUGGCCUCCAAAUAUGCACCGCAGGUCAAAGCCAUCAUCCUGUCGAACCACGGUGGGCGAGCUCUUGAUACAGCUUCGCCCCCUGUUCACGUCCUACUCGAGAUCAGAAAGUACUGCCCCGAAGUAUUUGACAAGAUUGAAGUCUGGGUCGACGGCGGAAUCAGGAGAGGUACCGAUGUUGUCAAAGCCCUCUGCCUCGGUGCGAAAGCUGUAGGCAUUGGUCGUGCCGCAUUGUUUGGCCUUGGAGCCGGAGGCGAAGCUGGCGUGGAGCGAACUUUAGAGAUUCUCGAGGCGGAGACUGCCACAUGCAUGAGGCUCCUCGGAGUGAAGAACAUACAAGAGCUCGGCCCCAGAUUUAUCAACACUCGCCGUGUGGAGAGAGAUAUUUUCGAUGGAGAUGCGGAGUUGGGCAAGCAAGGGCUGUGGACGAAGCCGAAGUUGUGAUGAAUCUUCAUAUGCAUCCUCGGCAGCUCGUGAUGGCACGCGCUGGCUGACGGCGGGGUGAGUGGCGGGUGGUGGGUGCGCGACCACUAGCGCUGGCAGCAGCGCAUCUCUGCAGCAUCUACGGAUACAACUGCGAAAGAUUAAAGCUGGGGAAGAUUGCGAGAUGUGAGUGCUAGUUCUCUUUAGGCGUGGCUGUGGUUUGGGGUAGGCUCCCAGGAUUCUUGACUAGAAAUUGCAGCGAGCGAGCGAUUUAAGCAAGCGAGAUAGUAUGUAGUCGAAACAGCCUUAGACUGUACAUUUGCACGGCAUGGAUUCCGAGAGAGACCUCACAUGCGUCGAGCUUGUGCUGCAGCUAAUGUAGGCAAUAAGAUAUGCCGAUAUGCACCUUCAAAGAGAGUGACUCUCACGAUG